AUGUCGUCUCUCGCUGCCUGGACCAAGGCUGUCUGCCUCUUACUUCUUGCCUCCGAAGCUUUCGCAAGCCCCAUCGAGAAGAUUGAGCAGCUUGAGAAGCGUGCAGUCUGCACUGCAUACACUCUCAUCGAGACUCGCGGCACCAACGAGCCUCAAGGUCCAUCAAACAGCUUCAAGACCAUGGAUGCCGCCAUCAUUGCCCAGGUCAUGGGUGGUACUGAGGUUUGUCUCGAAGUUGUCUGUCUUGCAAACCACAUCUCGAUUGUCGGCACCAACGAUGUGGGUCGCCUAUGUCAAAUCUCAACCCCGACUGUUGUGCUGACCACCACANNGAUCAUCAACCAGAUCAACGCUGGUCUCAAGACUGACCCUAAGAGAUGCUUCAUCCUUGAAGGAUACUCUCAAGGUGCAGCCGCUACCGUAGACGCCAUGCCCAGACUCACUGGUGCUGCCUUCAACGCGGUCAAGGGUGUCUUCCUUCUCGGAAACCCUCGCCGCAGAGCUGGUCUGGCAUGCAAUGUCGACGCCAACGGUGGCACCACUACCAAGAACUCCAAUGGCCUUACCGCUCUUCUUGGCGGCAUCCCCAGCAACUGGGUCAGCAAGACUUUGGAUGUCUGCGCCUAUGUAAGUUUCGCGGGUUCUCGGAACUCUUUGGAUGUUAGACUAAUAGUGUGUAGNAACGAUCCUGUCUGCGACACCGCUCAUGGUUUGGGUGAUGUCAAUAUUCACUUGUCUUACAAGUCUGAUCCGAAUGUGCAGAACCAGGGUAUCGAGUUUGUCAUUGGAAAGCUCCAAGGCACCAGCUAG